CCUCUCCGCGUUCCUUCAAUUGAAAAUGAAUAAGAAGUAGUGUUUCACCGCGCGGCACCGCGUGAAAUAGUGUACACUAGGGCAGUCUGUGUCGCUUCCUGGUUCUGCUGGCCACAUAGUGACAGUCAGUGAGUCAGAAGAAUAGCAGUUCACUCUCGGAAGCAAAGUCAGUAUUCGAUGGCAGAGUGGAGGGAGUGGGCGGGUCCAAGAUGAGUGCUGACACGCUAUUGGAGGAGACACUGAUCAAGCGGUCUCAGCAGAAGAGGUUAACAUCGCCGCUGAACUACAAGGAGAGAGUGUUCGUCCUCACCAAGACCAAGCUCACAUACUAUGAGUUCAGAGCUGAGAAGAAGUUUAAGAAGGGGUCCAUCGACCUGCAGAAAGUCAGGUGUGUGGAGAUCGUGAAGCAUGACGGAGUCAUACCCUGUCAGAACAAAUACCCCUUCCAGGUGGUGUAUGACACAAGCACUCUCUAUGUAUUUGCUCCCAGCUAUGAGAGUAGGAGGAUCUGGGUCCAAAACAUUAAGGAAGAGAUAAGGGACAACUCUGUGAUCGUUGCUAAGUUCCAUCCUCAGUUCUGGAUGGAGGGCGUGUGGCUGUGCUGUCGUCAGGCAGAGAAACUGGCCCCGGGCUGUGAGGAAUACAACCUGUUUGGAGACCUUUCGAGGAAACUUCUUCCUCCCAUACCUGGAGAGGAGUCUCGUCGGCCUCCCCCUCCCCCUCCCCCCCCCUCCCGUCACAGUCACGAUGAUGGUAGUGGUGUCGAGGAGGUUGUGAUAGCUCUCUAUGACUUCUAUGGUCCUGAACCACAUGACCUGACUAUGACCAAGGGAGGAGAAUACGUCAUACUGGAGAAAUGUGACAUCAACUGGUACAAGGCCCGCAACAUAUACGGGAAGGAAGGCUACAUCCCCAGCAACUACGUGACAGAUAAAAAACUGGGGAACCUGGAACAGUAUGCCUGGUACAGUAAACAUGUCAACCGGAACAAAGCUGAGGAACUACUGAGGACAGAGGAUAAAGAGGGCGGGUUCAUGGUAAGAGACUCCAGUAAGCCAGGGGCCUACACCGUCUCCCUGUACACCAAGUCAGCAGGGGAGGGAGGUGCAGCGAUCAGGCAUUACCACAUCAAGGAGACCUCAGGCUGCCCCAGACAGUUCUACCUGGCUGAAAAACACCUGUUCACCUUGAUACCUGACCUCAUAGAGUACCACAACCACAACGCUGCAGGUCUGGUAGCCAGGUUGAGGUAUCCAGUAGGAAAGGAGAGAUUGGCUCCAUCCACAGCAGGCUUUAGCUACGAGAAGUGGGAGAUCAACCCUUGUGAGCUGACCUUCAUGAAGGAGCUGGGUAGUGGUCAGUUUGGGGUGGUGCGGCUGGGGAAAUGGAGAGCUCAACACAAGGUAGCCAUCAAGGCUAUCAGAGAGGGAGCCAUGUACGAAGAGGACUUCAUAGAGGAAGCCAAGGUUAUGAUGCGUCUCUCCCAUCCUAAGCUGGUGCAGCUGUACGGAGUGUGUACCCACCAGAAGCCCAUCUACAUUGUGACUGAGUUCAUGGGACUGGGAUGUCUGCUCAAUUACAUCAGGCAGCGUCGGGACACCUUCAGCCUGGGGUCCUUACUGAGUAUCUGUCAGGACGUCUCAGAGGGGAUGGAACACCUGGAGGCACACGGCUUCAUACACAGAGACUUGGCAGCGAGGAACUGUCUGGUGAACGAUGCUCUGGUAGUGAAGGUAUCAGACUUUGGAAUGGCCAGGUAUGUACUAGAUGACCAGUACACUAGUUCAUCGGGAGCUAAGUUCCCAGUCAAGUGGUCUCCUCCUGAAGUCUUCAACUUCUGCAAGUACAGCAGCAAGUCGGACGUCUGGUCCUUCGGUGUGUUGAUGUGGGAGGUGUUUACAGAGGGGAAGAUGCCAUUUGAACACAACCCCAACCACAAGGUGGUGAUGAUGGUGUUAGAAGGACAUCGCCUCUACAGACCCAAGAAGGCCACGCCCAACAUCUAUGACAUCAUGCUGCGCUGCUGGCACGAGAGAGCGGAGGAGAGACCAUCGUUUUCUCAGAUCUCCAUCUUGAUCUCCGACGCUCUAGAAGUGGAUGGGUCCUCCUCCGCCUGAACCCACCAAUCAGAUCCUCUCCUCCGCCUGAACCCACCAAUCAGAUCCUCUCCUCCGCCUGAACCCACCAAUCAGAUCCUCUCCUCCGCCUGAACCCACCAAUCAGAUCCUCUCCUCCGCCUGAACCCACCAAUCAGAUCCUCUCCUCCGCCUGAACCCACCAAUCAGAUCCUCUCCUCCGCCUGAACCCACCAAUCAAAUCGCAACCACCAGUCGGAUCUCGUCAGAUCCAGUGUUGAUGGAGGACUGCUUGCUUAAGGUUACAAACAUUCCACGCCGCUCUCUGUACUGAUGGAUCUCUCGUGAUGGACGAUUACGGUGGAUUUUGUUAGACAGAAAGUUUGCGUCCAAAUACCAUAUACUGUUUCACCACUUCUAUCCUGUCUGACAGGAAACUGGACAGUCUUCUCAAAACGGACUGUAUAUGUUUUAUCUCCCCCCCCCCAGCCUCAAUUUGUCGGGGAAUGGACUCUACAAGGUGUUGAAAGCGUUCCACAGGGAUGCUGGUACACGUCGACUCCAAUGCUUC